AUGGCGACACGAUGGGCAGUCGUGGUGAUCCUGUCCCAAACGGCCUCACCAUUGCUGCUGAACGUGCGCCUGCCUGCGGAGCUCAGAGGCAUCAGUUGCAUUCAGGACCUUCCCACUACACGAAUGGGGAUGCCAUCUUCUUCCCUCCUCGAGCCGUUGUCAUUGCAGCAGCAGGCAGAGGAGCUUUUCGAACUCCUGUUGAAACUCCUUCGGCAAGCCGUUGGGGCGUACAAUGAUGGAGGCCGUGCUAAGGCACCUCAGCUGAUCGGUGCAGUUGGUGCUAUCGCAAGGCAGCGACCGAGCAUGCUGCCCGCAUGCCUCGACGUCUUCAGGGCAAUUCUGCUGUUCAAAGAUGCGCUUGGAGCACAAGUCCAUGCUGAGAUUCAGAAGCUCGUGGCAGCGGAGAUUCAGCUCUUCGUUGCUUCCGGGCUAACCACGGAGUGGUCUGCAGAUCUCCUUGAUCUAUGUGACAGAACUGCUCAGUCCGGUUCCUUGGAAGAGUUAUCCACACAGGCCAAGUACAAGCAGAUCAGCACGGUCACUGAUGACUUGGACGUUGCCUCUCGUGCAACCAAACGGGCCAGAAGAACAGAGUCAUCGAAGCACGUCUGGACCUGGCAAUGCGGUGACGGGACAAUGGCCGAAGAUGUGAUCUUUGAUGCAGAUGCUUUGCUGUCCGGUGAAGCAGAGUCAACUUGCAGGCGUUUGGAAGACUAUUUCGGGUUGCCAAGUCAGCGGGAGCCAGCCGGGCACGUUCCUGGUCCAGCAGUGCUGGCGACCAAGAUCAGCAGUCAGGCUGAGCUCGCUCGCAUAGCACUUACAUCCUUGAGCUCGCUGUCGGUGCAGCGUAGCCUUCAUCGAGAACGUGCUCAUGAAAAUGCCGUUGCCUUCUCCGAUCCUGUUCCGGGGCACGGAUCGAACGGGGCAUCGGAACCGGACGCGUUUCAAGAGCAGUUGUCUCUGCUGAUAGAUGGCAAGGCGGCCUCCCGGAUUGAACCCGACAAGCCUGAAGAGCCUGGGGCACGCGAUCCGAGGGCAGCACUAUCUGCGGACCGUUCGAGUGUUGAUGGGAGCGAUGCCUCACACCUUGUGCCGAUGGAAAUUGGGACGGUGCAACUUCCCAAAGACGUGCGUGCAAAGGAUGCUUUGCAGUUGAAGCUGUAUGAGGAGAUUUUGGCCAGCUGGAGCAGAAUGGACACGUCGCUUCUAAAAUGCUGUCUGCUGCCAUCGCAGCUCGCCGCGUAUGAGCAAGUCAGCCGACAGGUUGCCUUGCACCUUGCAGCUGGUCCAAGGACAGCCUUGCAACCAGAUUUGCAGCGUUCCAUGUGUCAGGCCUACGUGCUGCGUACCUUCGACUCAUUGAAGGCUUCCCUGCAAUCAGCGAACAAGGUGGGGGCAUCAGCGGCCAUGGAUCAGCUCGUGGAGCUGUUCUACGCGAAGUUUUCCGCGGAUGUUGCCCGGUUUCAGGAGUCCGCAGUUGGAACAAGUGCACCUCUCCGUGAAAUCUUGGAGGCAGGUGGAUCUUCCAGGCGUCUUGCAGGGACCAGCUUCACCUACGCGGAGCUCUUCGACAUGUGCCUGGCUGAGUUCGAAAAGCGAGAUGUUCCCAGGCGUGAGUUGAGAAAUUUCCUCGGUGAGCUCCCGGCGGUGCCUGUUUCUGCUUUCCGAGCGCUUGAAGCACAAUGCCAGCUUGCAUCGGCUCGAAAGAUGGCUUUGCUUACCAUUCUGGCAUUAAUCGAAGGCAAGCCUGCCUGCCGGUGGCGUGGCCUUCAGCUGCUCCUGAAGUUGGCCUUCUCCUCUGGGGAGGAUUCGGUUCGUUUCGACACCAUUCGACUGAUCAUCAACAAGAUCUACGUUGCCGGACCAAGGGCUGCCAUGCGGUGGCAGCUCCCUCACCUCACCGAUGAGGAGGCGUUGCCACUCAUGGCAGAUGGCGAGGGGACCGCUGACGGGUCCAGCUGGGACCUGUCGGACCCUGACUUCUUGCCACUGCAGAGGCUUCGUGGGCGAUGCAUCGAGGAUGUUGCAACCAUCAUGUUGCGCUCCGUCGCAACCCGUGAGGGUAAGGAGGGUGACUUCCGGCACAAGCUCGGCAUCCCCUUCCGCUUGGAGCAGACACGUGCGGAUCUCUUCAAAGGUGCAAUCUGCGCACCCAAAGACAGGGUUUGGCUCUACCUGGCACUUUGCAUCAAGAGGCCAAUCUUGAUGCACGGGCUCGUCGAGACUUUCAUCCAGUGCGAUGCCGCGAUGAAAGACCACUUGAUCAAUUCCAUCGAGGAGGCAGUCAGAUAUAUUCCUGUCGGAGAGCAGGAGCUGCUAGUUCUCGUGCAGAAGGCAACUCCACAGACAGAGGCGCUGGUCCUCAAGAUGCUCAACAUCAUGAUGACAAGCAGGGGCAAGGAACCAUUGCUUCCAGGCUUCGGCGAAGCUGUUGUGCGUCUCUACAAGGAAACUCAGAACCCUCGCUUGCUCGUUCCCGUUUUCGACAUGCUGGAUCGAAACACCUUGCUGGACUACCUGCCCUCGGUCUUGCAAUUGGAGGCCGACCUUGUGACUGAUGCUUUCCGGCUUGUUAUUGGCGCGCGCUCCCCCCCACUCAGUGUGACGGAGCUACUCACAGAGCUUCAUCACAUUAACAGUCCAGGUGAAAACAUUGUACCUAUCCAGUCUUCUAUGCAAGCGCUCAACAUCGUAUUUGGCAUGCGGGACCAAUUUGACCCCAAAGUCUACGGAAUUGUUAUUCAGUCACUUGUUGAAGAGCCUGGGCCGCUUCCGCAACUCUUCAUGCGCACGGUGAUUCAAGUUGUCAAGGAGCUUCCUCGUCUUUCAGAUUUUGUCGUUGUGGAAAUUCUUCCUCGACUUGUUCGACAAGAGGUUUGGGGCGAUGAGAGGAUGUGGAGAGGCUUCAUGAUUGUGCUGCAGCACACGUUCGCAAGCCAGUCGACCGGAGCUGCGAGAGUGCUGUCCAUGCUGCCAAUCUCCCAGCUGGAGGACAUUGCACAGUCGCAGUCCCGCUUGCGCAGCGCACGUCGUGCACAGGACGUCUUGGUGCAGCAUCCUGAUUGGAAAGCACAGCUGCGCGAAUUUGUUGCAAGACAGCCUCCGGGCAUGGACCUGCCGCGAUUGCUUUUCUUUCUUGGUCUGAGUGGUGUGCAGAUUGCCGGUCUGGCUGGGCAGGAUCUUCCGAGCCAGCUUUGGUCCACAGCGCGCAGUUCUGCGGAGAAUGCAAACUGGGAGCAGGGCCCGGAGGCAAGCAGGUCUGCCGCCAGCGACUGCAUGGUUCAUCAAAUCUCGCGAAUGCAUGCUGCCAUGAACCAGGUUCUGGCACAUGAACGGGCCAGACACGCAUCAGAGAUUUCCUUGAUCCUACGCAGGGUUGAGAAGGACUUGAAAGACACCUUCCACCAGGUCGGAAAUACUGUCAGGGGAUUGGCGCAGAAGGUGCACAUCCUGACACAACAGGUCGCAGCUCAGAACAAGGCGUUGGAGGAAGCGAAGGACUUUGCGUCGUCCCAGGUGCAUCCGGAUGUGCACAUUCUCCGUCAAAGUGAUCAACGUGAUUACCUGGAUGUGAAUUGCGAGGAGGCAACUGCUGGUUUUCAAUGGGUCGAAGAGCGUGAGCUGGCACUCAGAGACGAAAUUGCCAAUUUGCGAGCGAAGCUCCGCUCGUACGAGCAUGGACAAAAAGGCUUCCUACCGCAAAUGGCAAAGAUGUCUUCAUCGUGGACGCGCCAUGCAGGUAAGGAACGUAUUCCUGAGGCCAAGGUCUACGACCUGUCUGCACUGCUUCGAAAGCCCGAUGCUGUUCAGACAGAAGUUGCGAUUGCCGCGCCAUCAUGGCCUGUCAGACCGAAGUGCAAGGCAGGAGACGAUCCCAAAAGGCAGAGUCGCCGUGACCGGCGCAUCCCGAAACAAAGACUGAGGGAUGUAGACAGUCUCAUGCCUCUCCUCGAGAAGGCGCUGCCACCACUGUGCCUGUUGUCCGAUGUUUUUUCCCAGCUUCGGAGCAGCGGCUGCUUCAGUGCUGUAACCCUCACGACUGCCCUGGAAAUGUCGGCGGCAGACGCGCAUUCAGUGCUCAGCAACAUCGCAUUCCUGUUUCGGCAUGCUGCUCCAAAACUACAAGGCCUGUCCAGCCUGGUACUCUCGCUGCAGGAGAUGUCGAGGCUACAUGUGGCGAGUGGAGCGACUCCACCGGCAUUAGGCCGUGACCGAACUCAGGGGGUGCGGGAGGACAGCCUCUUGCAGACAAUCACAGGGAGUGCCCAUGUCGAGCGACACGAUGUCGUGGGCAUUAGCGUCGACAUCCUGCAGCAUUCUGAGCCGGACGGCAAGGAGCCUUUCCAGACCCAGAAACUUGCUCAGCGCAGCGCCAAGACUGUGUCGGGCGUGGCUGUGGUCUGCAACGCUGCCCUGCUGCCAAGGAUGUGCAGUCAUUGUGGCCGUCGCAGCCUCAAAUCCAAGACCCGCAUAGCCCCACGCAGACCAAAAUUUGCCUGCCAUCCCCGAGCAUCGGUGCUUCGAAACCGGCCGAGCAACGUCUCCUGUGCACGCCUGCCAGCAAACGGCAAACGUCCACAGCUAUGUGAUGGGUGGCCUGGAGAUAGACGCUGCAUGAGAUGUGGUGUCUUCUUAGUCAUCAUCUGA